UUUUUUGUUCCAAAUUUUUUUAAAAAAUCGUUGGAAAAUUUUGACCAAAAGAAAUCUUGAAAAAAAUAAUGAGAAAAAGAGUGAAAAAGAAGAGCAACUUUUCAGUGUUAUUAAAAAGAAGAGAGAGUAGCACGAAGAAGCAGCAGCAGCAGCACACUUCUCAAGAUCUCUCUCUGUCUUUGUCAUCACCACUCUAUCGUCUACUAGAGGGAAGAGAUCAUCAUUCUACAGUUUCAAGAAGAUACCAUUUCCAAGACUAUCUGAUUAUCUGCACUUGUAGUGAAACUGUGGAAGAAGCAAAAAUGGGGACUUUGAGUAAGGUGCUAUGUCUCAUGCUGCUUUGCUGUAUCGUGGCUGCUGCUGAGGGUACUUUGAAGUACAAGGACCCAAAGCAGCCUUUGGGUGCAAGAAUCAGAGAUUUGAUGAACCGUAUGACUCUACAAGAGAAGAUUGGUCAGAUGGUUCAGAUCGAACGCAGCGUCGCUACACCUGAAGUCAUGAAGAAAUACUUCAUUGGGAGUGUUUUGAGUGGUGGAGGAAGUGUGCCCUCGGAAAAAGCUACUCCUGAAACUUGGGUGAACAUGGUCAAUGAGAUUCAAAAGGCGUCUCUUUCGACCCGCCUUGGGAUCCCUAUGAUCUACGGGAUUGAUGCUGUUCACGGUCACAACAAUGUGUAUGGCGCCACCAUUUUCCCGCACAAUGUAGGCCUUGGAGUCACCAGGGAUCCUAACCUUGUUAAGAGGAUUGGGGCAGCAACCGCGCUUGAAGUCAGAGCGACUGGAAUCCCAUAUGCCUUUGCCCCGUGUAUUGCAGUUUGUAGGGAUCCAAGAUGGGGAAGAUGCUACGAGAGCUACAGCGAGGAUUAUAGAAUUGUCCAACAGAUGACUGAGAUUAUACCCGGUUUGCAAGGCGACCUUCCUACCAAGCGAAAGGGUGUUCCCUUUGUUGGUGGAAAGACAAAAGUUGCAGCUUGUGCAAAGCAUUUUGUUGGAGAUGGAGGUACAGUGAGAGGAAUUGAUGAGAACAACACAGUGAUUGACUCGAAGGGCCUGUUCGGAAUUCACAUGCCUGGAUAUUACAAUGCUGUAAACAAGGGUGUUGCAACAAUAAUGGUGUCUUACUCUGCCUGGAACGGUUUGAGAAUGCAUGCUAACAAGGAACUUGUCACGGGUUUCCUCAAGAACAAGUUGAAGUUCAGGGGUUUUGUCAUCUCUGAUUGGCAGGGGAUUGAUAGGAUCACGACUCCUCCUCAUCUUAACUAUUCAUACUCUGUUUACGCGGGAAUCAGUGCUGGAAUUGACAUGAUUAUGGUUCCGUACAACUACACUGAGUUCAUAGACGAAAUCAGCAGUCAGAUACAGAAAAAGCUUAUUCCGAUUAGCAGGAUCGAUGACGCCCUGAAGAGAAUCUUAAGGGUCAAAUUCACAAUGGGACUCUUUGAGGAACCACUGGCUGAUCUCAGCUUUGCCAACCAGCUUGGUAGCAAGGAACAUAGGGAACUAGCUCGUGAAGCCGUGAGGAAGUCUCUGGUGCUGCUCAAGAAUGGUAAGACAGGUGCUAAACCUCUGCUUCCUCUGCCUAAGAAAUCAGGGAAGAUCCUUGUCGCGGGAGCACAUGCUGAUAACUUGGGAUAUCAAUGUGGUGGCUGGACCAUCACCUGGCAAGGCCUUAAUGGCAACGACCAUACCGUUGGUACAACAAUCCUAGCGGCUGUGAAGAAUACAGUGGCUCCUACCACACAAGUCGUCUACAGCCAAAACCCCGAUGCGAACUUUGUGAAGUCGGGUAAAUUUGACUAUGCCAUUGUGGUAGUCGGGGAGCCACCUUAUGCUGAAAUGUUUGGGGACACCACGAACCUGACCAUAAGUGAUCCUGGUCCGAGCAUAAUAGGAAACGUGUGCGGAUCAGUGAAAUGUGUGGUGGUUGUGGUCUCUGGCCGUCCCGUGGUGAUUCAGCCUUAUGUUUCGACCAUUGACGCUCUCGUGGCGGCUUGGCUUCCGGGAACAGAAGGUCAAGGAGUGGCUGAUGCUCUGUUUGGUGAUUACGGGUUCACAGGAAAGUUGGCCCGGACGUGGUUUAAGUCGGUGAAGCAGCUACCGAUGAAUGUUGGAGAUCGGCAUUACGACCCAUUGUACCCAUUCGGUUUCGGGUUGACCACAAAACCAUACAAAAUGUAGACUCCCUUUUAGUUAUUCGGCAAGGAGAGGACAAUAUUAAGGGACAAAACGAAAUAACUUCGAUGCACAAUUUUGUGGGUUCUAGCUCUCAAGUUAAGGUUGAGGCUUUGAGAUUGUCUGUCUACAAAACUAGUAUGUUAUAAACAGUGAUGAUAUGAAUCAGCUUUUGUUAUUUGCCCGUAUGAUUCUGUAUUUUGUUCCAUUUUAUGAGAUAUCUAACAUUUGGGCCUCUCAUAAACCGAGAUGAGACUUGUGCCACAUGCAGGGCGUAUCCAGACAUAUGCAGGUGUGCAUUUGCAAAGGGACCUUUUCAAAUUUCAGAAAAAGAAAGAAAACA